AUGGCCUUUGAGGUCCGCCGUGUGAUUACCUGUGCGCACGAAGAGCAGAUUCUGUGUGUGGCAUACAAUCUGAAUAAGAAGGAGCUCUAUAGUGGGGCGCAGGACGGACUGAUCAAGGUUUGGGACAUCGAUUCGGGCAAGGCGGUCCGCACUCAAGAUGGCCACACCGGCUGGAUCAACGACCUCAACUUUUCAAGCGCCACUCGGCUGCUGUUCUCAGCAUCCCUGGAUGGAACAAUCCGAGUAUGGAGCGAGAGGGGGAGGCAGCUGCAGGUAGUCGAGUUUUCUGGGCCAGUCUUUGCCCUCGCUUGGAACAGCAAGCGACGGCAUCUGAUUGCGGGAGGCAACGGCCUUGUACAAGUCUACCGCGCAAUUCGGCCUGACGCAGAAGGCAUGAAGAAAGCUCAGGAAGGGAAGGGUGAGGUGAAGAUACUGAAGCCGGUCAACUCCCAUCGGAGCCACACCGACCUCGUCCGCGCCGUUUGCUGCGCGGAGAACGGCAAAGUCUUCACGGCAGGGUUCGACCGUACGGUCUGCAUCUCGGACAGCGAGCGCGUGAAGGAGACGUGUCAGCCCAUCAAGAACGCACAUGCCGGCGCGAUCUGCACCGCGUGUCUGGACACCAACAAUGGCUGGCUUCUCACGGGCGGCUUCGACGGGAAGGUCAAGCUUUGGAGCUCCGAGGGCCACAGCGUCGACGUUCUUGACGUCAGCUUGGAGGCCGUUACAGGGAUAGCGUACGUGCCGCACACGAAGUCUUAUUGGAUCACGGGGAAAUCCCAACGAAUGAUGGUAUACGACCCCCGCAUCCCGCUGGAUAUGACCCCAUACGUGGAGAGCACCAGCCGUUUCCUGGACUACCCGGUCCAAAAAGUCUGCCAUCCCCCGGGCACCGAUCUAGUUCUCGGGGUGGGUUUCCAAAAGCAGUUAGUGGUUUGGCGGUAUAACCCGUUUGGAGCCCACCGGGUUAUGAAGGGCGGUUUCGACAGCAUCGAAUGUAUGGUAGCAGUCAAACGAAACAUCGGGCGAAGCCUAGAGGGUUCGCGAAACCAGGGUCUGGUUAGCACGUCGUUACCUACGGAGGCAAACGGGACGCAGUCCAAAAACGAGCCGGUUGUUUGGUUUGGUGAGCGGGUUAGCGACGGGAUUAGCGGUGAAGCUGCCAGGGGUUCUUUCGGGACGGACUUUGGGCGGAGAACUAGUAGCGGCGGGCAGGCUUCGACGUCCGGUUCGGUGGGGUACCGGGGGACCGUUUCUACGCAAGGCUCGUUUACAAGGAGUGCGCCUCAGGGGAAAGAGGCGCACAGCAUACAGAUCUACACGGCGGGAACAGAGGGGCGCAUUUUCAAAUGGACCCCCGGAAACGAACUCACCACCGACGUAUACGCUAUCGACAACGACGACCUGCGGGGCCACGAGGGGCCCAUCCUGUGCAUAGCGUAUGACAGCGACGCGGACCUUUUGAUCACCGGGUCGGAGGAUAAGACCAUCCGCUUAUGGCAGCUUGACAGCUCCGUAUGCGCCGAGGAUUUGCAGCAGGCCGAUCAGGAGAGGCGCCAGUCGGAGGCGCCGGCGACCGCGGCCGCAUCCGCGGCCGCGAGCGCGGCCCCGAGGCGGUCCCUUCGAUCGGGGGCCGAUCUGAGCGAGCCAUUGACCGGGCACACGGACCGAGUGGUGGCGCUCGCGUGCUGCAGGGACAAGAUCGUAGCGAGCGUCAGCCACGAUCGGUCCCUCCGGUUCUGGGACAUCCACAAAAGGGUGCAGAUCGGGUGUGUCGAGGACGCGCAUGAGGGGACGAUCUGCGACGUGGCCUACUCGGAGGAGCGCGACGAGGUCGCGACCGCGGGCGCGGACUGCGCGAUUAAGAUCUGGUGCGCGGUCACGCGCGCGCUGAAGCGCGUCAUCUCGGGCCACACGGGUGACGUCACGCACGUACGAUGGACGUCGCUCCGGGGCGGGAUGUGGGUAACCGCGUCGGAAGACGGAACGAUCCGGACGUGGCUGCCGGACGACGGGAAGUGCCGCUCGGCAAGGAGCUAUAAAGGUGCGGAGUUGUCUGCCUACUGUUUCUCGUUUGGCGAUAGCGGGGAGCCGAUCACAGCCAUGUUGGUGGACGAGCACACCGGCGUCAUUCUGGCGGCGACGUUUGGGAAGGCGAUCAACUGCUACGACAUGGAUCUCAAUGACGUGCAUAAGCCGUACACGGGUUGCAAGGACGUUGUGCGCGCACUCGCGCACGUCGACGAGCGCGGCAUCUACCUUUCCGCUUCUCAGGACAAGUGCUUGCGCGCGUGGCUCGCGCCAUCGCGCAAGGCGGCCGCGGCGCCGGCUUCGGCGCAGCCGGAGGAAGGCCGCAAGCGCUCCGACACUCUGUUCGUUAUCGAGGAGCAAGUGGCGGCUCUCGAGGAGGGCCACACGCCCAACGUGCAGCAGAUUGAGGAGGCGGCCGCGCGUGACAGCUUCAGCAGCGCGUACGCGCGCGCGCACCCCCUGACCGUGCCCAGAUCGCUACGCGGAAAGGAGCAGUGGGGGCCGGGGCUAACGAGGGAGGCCGGUGUUGCGAAGAAAGCAGGUCGUCGGCUGACGGUCGACGCCGCGGCCGCGGCCGCGCCCGACGACCCGUCCGUUCCCCCGGUCACGCACGCGCACCUCGCCGGGAAGCUGCGCGAGCUGGAAGAGAACCUCCAGUCGGCGUUUUAUAACCCGAGCGACAUACCGGUGCGCCGGAGCAAGGGGCCGACGGCCAGCUUGGCACGCACGAGCAACUCGCGCGUCAACAGCCGGUUGGGGCACGGGGGGAACUCAUCGCCCAAGCGAUAG